AAGAAGGCCUCAAGAACCAUCCAAAGCUCAUCAUUCUUCCUUUCCUUCUUCCAACUCACGAUCAAACAUUUUCAAUUCCAAACUUUGCAUUCUCUGUUCUGACUUCAUACUCACGCAUCCAAGUCUCAUUCCUGCGUUGUCAUCUACAUUGAGAACAUUGGUUGUUCUCUUCCCACCACCACAAUGAUUGAGACGACUCCGAGCAAGCAGGCUGCUUCUGCAAUUGAGUCUUUCAAGAUGGAAUCACCCGUAAAGAAGCUUGACUUCAACGUCGCCGACAAAGAGAACCAGCCCCACACGGAGUCCGUUGCCGAGGAGACGGUAGAGAAGCCCCUCGCCAAGGACGUCAAGCCUGUCGAGAAGCCCGCCGUUGCCCCAACAAUCAAGGCAUUUGAGAUGGAUGAGCCCAUUCUUCAAGAGAACCCUCAGCGUUUCGUCUUGUUUCCAAUCCGUUACCAUGAGGUGUGGCAGAUGUACAAGAAGGCCGAGGCCUCAUUCUGGACGGCCGAAGAGAUUGAUUUGUCCAAGGAUCUCCACGACUGGAACAACAAGCUCACAGAUGAUGAAAAGUACUUCAUCUCACACAUCCUUGCAUUCUUCGCCGCUUCUGAUGGCAUCGUCAACGAGAACCUCGUUGAGCGAUUCAGCGCCGAAGUCCAGAUUCCCGAGGCCCGUUGCUUCUACGGCUUCCAGAUCAUGAUGGAGAACAUUCACUCCGAGACUUACUCGCUCCUGAUCGACACGUACAUCAAGGAGACUGCGCAGCGCACGUACCUCUUCAACGCCAUUGACACUAUCCCCUGCAUCCGCAAGAAGGCCGACUGGGCUCUGAGGUGGAUCACCGACAAGAAGUCAACCUUUGCCACGCGCCUGAUCGCUUUCGCUGUCGUCGAGGGUAUCUUCUUCAGCGGUGCUUUUGCCUCCAUCUUCUGGCUCAAGAAGCGUGGCCUGAUGCCUGGUCUGACUUUCUCCAACGAGCUCAUCUCGCGUGAUGAGGGUCUACACACCGACUUUGCCUGUCUCCUGUUCUCGCUCCUGAACAACAGGCCCAACAAGGAGGUUGUGAAGGAGAUUGUUGUCGAUGCUGUCAAGAUUGAGCAAGAGUUUCUUACGGAGGCGUUGCCCUGCGCCCUCCUGGGCAUGAACGCCAACCUGAUGAAGCAGUACAUUGAGUUUGUCGCUGACAGACUUCUUGUCGCCCUGGGAAACGAGAAGGUCUACCGUGCCACCAACCCAUUCGAUUUUAUGGAGAACAUCUCACUCGGCGGCAAGACCAACUUCUUCGAGAAACGCGUUGGCGAGUACCAAAAAGCCGGUGUCAUGGCCAGCACCAAGAAAGCACCCGUCGAGGAGAAGACUAGCACUUCACCACAGGCUGAGGACAGCAACUCGGGAGACUUCACCUUCGAUGACGACUUUUAGCCGUUCUGAUAUGUGAAGUUUUCUUUGUCUUUCUAUGCUUCUAUACCCAUAGUUUUCUUUGGCCUCGGCAGGCCCCCGACGCAUCCAUGAUAUGGAGGGUUUUUUUUUUCUUUUUUUUUUGCCUCCUGCAAGCAUUAGACUCGCUUGUAGGACUAGACACCCAGCCCUGUUUAGAUACAUAGUUGCUUUCUCUGUUGGACUACUGGCGGACCGGCUCGGUUCACAUGGAGGGCGUUUGAGGCGUUUGAGCGAACACUGGGAGGGAUUUUCAUUUCGAACUCAUUUUGAGAUCAACAGAUUAUGGUAAGGAUAACGGGAUGGAAAGCCGACUUGAUUGUCGGGACGCAAGUCAUGUACAAGUUUUAAGAUAAUGUUAGGAUCAAUUUAUUAGGAUAGUUAGUUACCUUAUGGUUCACCCUGAUUCUGUGAUAUUUAAGGCAAUACCUAGGUAGAUACAGCUUUCUCUCUGGACUGUUGUUGCUCGGUAGCCGCUACUGCUAUGGUAAAGAAAACAACAAAGCGCAAUUCAGCUCCGCAUUUGCA